AUGGGGAUCAUUCGCAAGAAGACGGCAAUGAGAGGGGGUGAAGGUGGUGUUAAAUACGUCUGUGAUAUGUGCUCAGCAGAUGUCACGAAUACUGUCCGAAUUCGAUGCGCCCACUCUGCUUGCAAUGAAUACGACCUAUGUGUACAAUGUUUCUCCGAUGGCAAAUCCUCCUCACAGCAUCAACCUGCUACUCACCCAUUUAGAGUUAUUGAACAAAACUCCGUGCCAAUUUAUGAACCAGAUUGGGGGGCUGAUGAAGAGCUACUAUUGUUGGAAGGGUGUGAGAUAUAUGGAUUGGGUUCUUGGGCAGAUAUUGCAGAUCAUAUUGGAGGGUUCCGAACUAAAGACGAGGUUCGAGAUCAUUACAAGAAGGUCUACUUGGAUAGUCCAAAAUUUCCACUACCAAAACGAGCUAGUCCACAUGAUACAGAGUUGAUGGACGCGUUGCCUCGAGACGAAUUCCAAGCUCGAAAGAAGGCACGAAUAGAGAAAAGAAAAGAGGCAGCUAAAAAUCAACCCCCACCGCAACCAAAAAAGAAGCCCACGGCUAGUGUUCCAUCAUGUCACGAUAUUCAAGGUUAUAUGCCUGGUCGUCUGGAGUUCGAGACCGAAUAUGCAAAUGAAGCAGAAGAGGCCGUUCAGUUAAUGUCAUUUGAACCUGGUGAUGGAAUUAAUCCUACUACUGGAAAGGUGGAACCGGAAUUCGAGCUCAAAAUGACAGUGAUGAACAUUUACAACCAGCGGUUAACUCAACGAGCCGAUCGUAAAAAGGUCAUAUUUGAACAUAACCUUCUGGAAUAUCGCAAAGCAGUUGCUCUUGAUAAAAAGCGUACAAAGGAAGAAAGAGAUCUUCUUACUCGUACAAAACCUUUCGCGAGAAUGAUGAAUCAUGAUGAUUAUGAAGAAUUCUCAAAAGGUCUCAUUGAUGAGUUAAACCUACGACUAGCAGUUUCUCAAUUGCAAGAGUGGAGAACAAUGAGGAUUGGAGACCUCAAAAGCGGAGAGAAAUACGAACAGGAUAAGCAACAGAGAAUCCAUAAGGCACAACCUAUGGGUAGUAUGGAUCGUGAACGAUACGCCGCAAGUACAAAGAACAAACCUCCUGUCGUUGAAACUCCAAGUGGUGCAGCUGCGUUGGUUGCUCCUGAAUUACCGGAUUCUAUCCUCAAAUCGGAGCCAAACGAUGACAAAGAAAACUUGAUGAAUGGUAAUGGUUCUCUCACAAAUGGAAUCAAACAACAAUCCCCUGUUAUUAAACGUGAACCAAUACAAGUUCAACCUCUCUCUACAAUUACACCAUUACCGCUCAACCCAUCAUCUACUCCCGAUUAUCAUCUUUUGACACCUGGGGAAAUUGAUCUUUGUGAAAAGACUCGAUUAAAUCCAAAACCAUAUCUGGUGAUCAAAGAAGCGAUUUUGAAAGAGGCAGUAAAGGGAGAUGGAAAGUUGAAGCGGAAAAUGGUCAAGGAGAUUGCGAGAGUGGAAGGAGCAAAGGGUGGGAAGAUUUUUGAUUUCUUCUUGCAUGUUGGUUGGGUCGGGAAAGCGUAG